GGGCGGGCGGAGCUAGGGGGCGUGGCCGGGGCGGAGCGCGCCCUGCCCUGCCCGGGCCGCGCCGCGCCGCGCCAGCCGGCGGCUCCGCGUGGGAGGCGGCGGCGCAGAGCGCUGCCUCCGCGCCCGCACAGCGGCGGGCCGGGGCCGGGGCCGGGGCCGGGGCCGGGGCCGGGGCCGGGGCCGGGCCAGGGCGCGGCGCGGCGGCGGCGGCUCGGCGGGGCGGCUGGGCGCAGCGCGGAGCAUGUCGGCGCUGCGGCGGAAGCUGGGGGACGAGUACCAGGUGGUGAGCACCUCGGCCAGCGGCGGGGGGCUGCCGCCGCCGCGGGCGGCCCCGCGGGGCAAGCGGCAGCGCUUCGUGGACAAGAACGGGCGGUGCAACGUGCAGCACGGGAACCUGGGCGGCGAGACCAGCCGCUACCUCUCGGACCUCUUCACCACGCUGGUGGACCUCAAGUGGCGCUGGAACCUCUUCAUCUUCAUCCUCACCUACACCGUGGCCUGGCUCUUCAUGGCCUCCAUGUGGUGGGUUAUCGCCUACAUGCGGGGCGACCUGAACAAGGCGCACGACGACAGCUACACCCCCUGCGUGGCCAACGUCUACAACUUCCCUUCCGCCUUCCUCUUCUUCAUAGAGACUGAGGCCACCAUCGGCUACGGCUACCGCUACAUCACGGACAAAUGCCCCGAGGGCAUCAUCCUCUUCCUCUUCCAGUCCAUCCUGGGCUCCAUUGUGGACGCCUUCCUCAUCGGGUGCAUGUUCAUCAAGAUGUCUCAGCCCAAGAAGAGGGCCGAGACGCUGAUGUUCAGCGAGCACGCCGCCAUCUCCAUGCGCGACGGCAGGCUCACCCUCAUGUUCAGGGUGGGCAACCUGCGCAACAGCCACAUGGUCUCCGCGCAGAUCCGCUGCAAGCUGCUCAAGUCUCGACAGACACCGGAGGGUGAGUUCCUCCCGCUUGAUCAGCUUGAGCUGGAUGUAGGUUUUAGCACUGGGGCCGAUCAACUUUUCCUGGUUUCCCCGCUUACGAUCUGCCACGUGAUAGAUGCCAAAAGCCCCUUCUACGACCUUUCCCAGCGGAGCAUGCAAACGGAGCAGUUCGAGAUCGUCGUCAUCCUGGAGGGCAUCGUGGAAACGACCGGGAUGACGUGCCAGGCCAGGACAUCGUACACGGAGGAUGAGGUGCUUUGGGGUCAUCGGUUCUUCCCGGUUAUUUCCUUGGAAGAAGGAUUCUUUAAAGUUGACUAUUCCCAGUUCCACGCAACGUUCGAAGUCCCGACCCCCCCUUACAGCGUGAAGGAGCAGGAAGAAAUGCUUCUGAUGUCCUCGCCCUUGAUAGCCCCUGCUGUGAGCAACAGCAAAGAGAGGAAUAACUCCGUGGAGUGCCUGGACGGGCUGGACGACGUUGGUACAAAACUGCCCUCAAAACUGCAGAAAAUAACUGGGCGGGAAGACUUCCCCAAAAAACUCUUGAGGAUGAGUUCCACGACCUCCGAGAAGGCCUACAGCAUGGGCGAUUUGCCCAUGAAACUCCAGCGAAUAAGCUCGGUCCCCGGAAAUUCGGAAGAGAAGCUGGUGUCCAAGACCACGAAGAUGCUCUCGGAUCCCAUGAGCCAGUCGGUGGCCGAGCUGCCCCCCAAGCUCCAGAAGCUGUCCGGAGGCGGCGGCGGCCGGAUGGAGGGAAACCUGCCCCCCAAGCUGAGAAAGAUGAAUUCCGACCGCUUCACGUAGCUCCGCCGGACUUCCAGGUGUUACCUAAGGCUUGGACUGCUGACGGGUGUAACGGGGGCGGAAAGCGGCCCCCGCAAAGAGAAUAUAUGCUAAAUUAGGUGUUGCCGUGGCACUGCGUGCCCCCAGCUCACGGCGACUGUGCGUUAGGCAAGGACGCUGCUGCGACCGGGGACCGACGUCCCGCUCGGGCUCAUCGCAGCGCUGACGUUAACUGGCAUGUAGUAGCACAACACGCAUGCAAUAAUGGUGUGCAAUUUUUGCAUAUAGUUUUACGGCAUGAUUCCUACUGUAUUUAUACUGUAUAUUCUGAAAAAUAUGUAAAGGGGUGUUCCUCGCCCCGGUAUUUCUUAAGAGUAAGUAGUAGGUCAAACAUGCGAGUGGGUAACUUUCAGGUAAGUUAUAACUUGAUUUGAAAAGUAUUUAUUUUUUUCUGCUGUAGACUGUGGUGUUUUGUUCAACAAAGUAGUUACGGUGCAUGUUUUUUUUCUUGAAAGAAGGCUCGUGCAUAUUAGUUAAUUCCUGACACCAAAUCUGCUAGCCUUAAAUUAACCGCUGACUUCUGUUUUGCUUUGAUAUUUUCUUGGGUUUUCUUUUCCUGCCUCUAGGUUACUGGAAAAAAUUGAAAUGUAUUUCAUGAGGCGCUGCUUAAAGAAGAAUUAUUAAGGCUAGGGAAAAAGUAAAUAGAUGAAUAAAAUUUACACUUUAGAUAUAAUUAGUAAAAACUUACUUAAAAACUAAUUCCUCUCACGAGUGUUAACAUGUAAGUUAGAAAACCAUUUUAAAACAACGUGCUCGCUUUCUGCUGCUCGUAGGAUAGCUUAACGUGAAGCCGGUAGCAUUUCUUGGUGGUCGGAGAUGCUGCAGCAGCGGUGGGAGCACGCGCGGCGGUCCCCGCGGCGGCAUCGCUCCCGUCCCCUUCCCGUGUUGGAAACACGUCUGGAAACGGUCUUAGCCGAAGUUGACCCUGUGGGUCUCAAAAUGGGUAAUACUUUGUGUAAACGUGCGGUUUGCUCUGCUCCGUGGCUGUGCUGGUCCUCCCGCGCGUGGGACGGGAACCAAGAAGGUCCGCGCUGCCGGCAGAGUUGCCUCCGGCGCAGCUGCGGCUCGUGCUUUUCCUGGGAGCGGCAGCACAUGGUGUCCGUCGUGCGCUCACGGACUUCAUACUCGCUUCCAGAGUUCCUCCACGGUUUGUAACAAUCCGAGUGGCACUGCAUGCUGUCUGCACCUUUGGCCGAGCGUAAACCCUGUGCACGUUAUGGUUACGGGGAGCCGCAGCGUGAUUCCCUGCAGACUCUGCUCUAGGCGCGCGACGAGCAAAUUUCUACUGGUGCAAGGUGAAAUCCAAACUUUUUUCCCCAUUUGCUAACACUGGCUCAGGUGGUCUUGUGAAAUACAGCUGGUUUUUUUUUGUACACCAUGCAGUUCCCCUGGCAGUCCUUGGCUGACAGCAGAAACGGCCGGGCUCGGUUGCAAGGUGUUAGUAUUAAAAAUACCACCGCGAGCCCCCGGCAGAGAGCCAGGGGUAUCAUCAGCCUGGUAAACGCUCGGCGAACGGCGUGUGCAGGGGCCGAGCCCGAGCAGCCGGCUUAACCAAACAGGCGCAGUUUUGCAGGCAAUUUUUAUUAAAUUAAUUCCACAGAAAAUGUUCAGUUAUGAUGAACUCAAAAGUUUGAUUUUCUUUUUUUAAUUAAAAUAUUCACCGGUCCUUGCUGGACGCGUGAUUUCUGGGGCUUGUGGCUUGUGUUGCAGUGUAUUACGUAUGUUCAGGUUAAAAUACGUGUCUUUCAUGAAUAAGAGUGAAAGUACAAACAUGGAUGAUAACUUUCUUUAGUGAUUCAUUUUAGGAAGUUAUUUCUCGUUGAUAUUUCAUUUUGAUUAGUGUGGCCACUUUUUGUUGCCUCUGAUUAACGUUUUCACCCAGCCCUAACGCUUACGCUCGGAAGAAGUAGUCCUCUGAUUGCACAGCCGGUCUGUGUUCUCUGCUGCUGAAUUUAUGCUUGAAUUAUAUUGUAAAU